UGAAAAUGUUUUCUGCCUAGUCUCUUGUGCCUUAGCUGGCACUUACCAAAUAUACGUCCACUUUACGUUUCUCUGUUGAUCUUUUUGUAUAUCUUGUGUUUAUAUCCUGAUUUCAGAUGCUGCCUAAUUUUGUUUUCAGGAUUCCUUGCCUUUUGGUCUCAUCUAUGACUUAUGUCAGGAUGCUAAAGGAUUCUUUGGCUCUAGUUAGGUGUUGCUGUCAUUUAACACACAAUUAAUAUGGUCAUGACCAUAAUGCAAAGCUCUUUGUUGACGAAAUUGUUCUUUGUGACAAAAGUUGCGAGGAUUCAUCAAUACAGAAGGACUGGGCAAUCAUAAGGAAGAAUGAGAGAGAGAAAGAACAAGGAUUGAAGUAACAAGUUGGUGCAGUGCAGUAGUAUGAAAUGCAGCACCAUGCUUACAAUAUUUUGCUGUCUAGGAGUGCAAUAGGUCAAACAAUAGUUUGACCUAUAAUCCUUUCAAGUGAGGUCUCAAGCUUGAUCUGAGGUAUUUACUUUAAUGAUUCCAGCUGGUCUGUUUGACAGACUUUAUUAAUGUGUGUUGAACUGGCUAUAAGUUUUUCUGUAUACUGUGGUGUAAGUGCUAUCCUGGCUUCAAUGCCAAAGCCAAAGGACGUGAACAGUGGCUCAGGAGCUGAGCAGUAGGAGAUAACAUUUAUGAAGUAAGUGUCACUAGGGAGCACCAGGAGAGGGAAGGAAGCAGCUCGUGGGCUUAGGUAGUUCCAAAUAAGAUCACAAAUUUGCCUUCUAUUGAGUAUGGAAACAAAGCUAGUACUUAAAGUGUAUUUCAGGACGAGCCGACUAGUGUUGCCAAGGCUGCAGUACUGUCGUUUCCUCUGCCAUAACUGGAAAUGGCAAAUGACACUAAGUAUUUUAUACUAAGUUCAACCUUAGGCCCAGAUUGAAAAAAACAAAUCUCUUUUGGACCGUAGUACUUCAAUAAUUCUUGCACAAUGAGUGACAAAACAUCCCAAGACAUUACAAAACUCCAGGACUCUCAUCUCUUCCAUGUCAAUUGCCAGACAGCCAGCUGAAUGUUCCGUAUCAACCAGAUUAUUCUGAUGCUGUGAAAUAGUGACUUUCUGUGUAGCUUCAGUGUCUCUGACGGCCUUGAAAACAGCAUUUAUGCAAGGGAUGCUGUCUCAGAAAACUACAAGAGUCAUAAAGCGAUAACUGCACUACUGUCAGAGUUGAUACUGACUUUAUAGUCUGUCCUUUGUGGGGAACAUGGACUUCUAAAGGGACAGGUGUUGCUUCUUGUCAUUGGAAUAAGUAUAGGCAAACCAACUGUAUCUAUUUUACGUCUUGAUAAUACCUGUGGGAAAGGGAAGAACAUCCAAGUUGUGACUUUGACUGUUGAUGUCCAACUAAGACAGUUUACAUGUGGAGCUUAAAAUGUCUUUAUCUAUUUCAGUUCAAGUCAUGGAUUAUCAGGCCUCCGUGAUAAAAUGUCAAGCUCUGGGAAAAAAGUUCUCUAUUCUAGUAGAAUUUCUGGCAACUCCCCUGCGAAAUCUGUUCUAAGAAAUUAUUAUGUCAGAAUGUAGUGUCACAGUAGGCUUAGAAGGGGGCAGAGGGAGAAACAGAAAAACUGAAGGAACUUACAUAUACCAGAGAGAACCUUUGGAUAAUUGAAUAGGUUCUCUCCUGUGUUUCCCCCUUAACAGUCCUAACCUUUCAAGAGAGUCCAAAUUUCUUUGAAAGUUUUCACAUAUGCAAUUUCACACAGAGUGAAAGGUGUCCUCAGUAAAAAGUAAAGAGGGAAAUUUUUUUUUCGUGUCUGGGAAGCCAUAAUAAUCUUGCUGUUCCUCACCUAGCUGUUUUCACUCUUGGAAGAGAAGAUGGAGCGUUUUAUCCUUGAGGUUUAGAGACCAAAUUAUAGUCAUUUGGCCAAAGAACAGAGCUUUUAGAAGCCUUCACAAAGUGUGAGCUGCUUGCUUCCUGUUCAGACUACUUAAUUUCUCACAGAAGAACACAAGUGGAAAGUGUAUGUUGUCCAGAUUCUCCCAUCCUUAGCCUAUUUUACACCAAAAUUGUUUGACUACUUUGGGUGUAAAUAAUGUUGAUGUAAGCCUGUGUAGUGACUGUUUUCAUUUGGAAUUAAUUGCUGUCUCUCCAGUCAGUUGUUAGGAUCCUAUUGGUUCUGAUGCUGGGCCUUCCUAGCCUAGGCAAAAUCAAUACAUGUUCCUCUUGGAUCAUGUAGUGUACAUGAUAUUUGGUUGUUUACAUGAAUAAUUGGUUCUAGUCCUGAAAAUUCCCAAAGUGCGAAAACCAACAGGCUCCAUUGGAUUUGAAGUAUUAGAUCGUACUUGCAUACUCGUGAGUUUCUUGAGGUAUUUUCUUAAUUUUUUUUUUUUUUUUUUGGAGAUGAUCACCCUCAUGUGAGGCAAUUUUAAUGCUUUAUUCCAAAAAAAGUCUUGAGCGUUCUACACUGAGAGUCUGAAGGGGGAAGGAAGUAGAUACAUUGUCGUGUUUCAUUUGAAACUAUUGUCUGGAUGGUAUCACUGAGAGUUCUGUGAAAACCAUUUUCAGUACUAUCAUCUAUCCUGAGACUAGUAAGGCUGUCAAAGCGAGUUUGAUUGUGGCAGCUGCUUGGUCUUGGAAAUACACAAGCUGUGGAAUGGACAAAAGUCCAGCUGUUGAAAUACUAACCUCAGUGCUUUCCUUGAAGGAGAGGAGGGGAAGGGAAUCCCCAUUCCUAUCUUAGUAAAUAACCAAACCAAUAACUUGUAGUUUGACAGACAUUUUCCUUUCUUAUGAUAAUUAGUUUUAAAGAAUUGGUGGCUUUAUUUUUCCCCUUACGUGAAACUGAGAAAUAUCAUAAGUGAGAAUCCUGUCCAAGUAGCAUCUUAUCAGUGGGUUUACCCCUCAAUUAUACCUUGUAGGGGUGGGGGGGAAUAACCUUCUGAGCGCUUUCAGUGUACUGUCACUUUUCCUGGGAAGUUAUAGAGAGAACCUUGACUUGAAGGUGGUGGCUUUACUCUUCUGUUGCUCUACCUUUUUGAAGCGCUAGUUUUUCUUCAGUUAUCUGGUUUUGUAUUUGACUGUUUCUCUUAGGAUAAUAUUUUGUUUCCUGCUCAGUUUGUAACGGGCUAGGAAGUUCCAAGGUCAGCAAUCUAGAGCCCUGGGUGAGGAGUCUGGGUCAUACUUUAAGUCACUACCACUGCUCUUAGGGACAGAAAACCUUUAGAACUUGGAGUCCUGCCUGUCCCAUGCUGGAGAGCACAAGAACCUUGAUGAGGAUCCUAUCAGAAUGCUAUUCUGUUUCUUGGAAGUUAAGGUAAUAUUUCCCUCCUCUGUCCAUUGUCACUUGGUUUGUGGUUUUUUUUCCCCUCUAAUAGUUUGCACCUCAGUCCUGUCAACUUUGUUAAAGAAAAAACAACCACCUUAUUUUAUAGUGUUUACGUACCUGAGAAGAUAACAUGCAUCUUAAAAUCUUUUCUUCUGCUAUAGAUGCAAUGGACCAACUUGAGCAGAGGGUAAAUGAAUUUUUUAUGAAUGCAAAGAAAAACAAACCUGAAUGGAGAGAAGAACAAAUGACUUCUAUCAAAAAAGACUAUUAUAAGGCUUUGGAAGAUGCAGAUGAAAAAGUACAACUGGCUAACCAAAUAUAUGAUUUGGUAGACCGUCAUUUGAGAAAACUUGACCAGGAACUUGCCAAAUUUAAAAUGGAACUUGAAGCAGAUAAUGCUGGAAUAACAGAAAUAUUAGAGAGACGGUCUCUGGAGCUGGAUACACCAUCACAGCCUGUGAAUAACCAUCAUGCUCAUUCGCACACUCCCGUAGAGAAAAGGAAACACAAUCCAUCUUCUCACCAUAGUACAACAGAUCAUGUUCCUGAGAAGAAGUUUAAAUCUGAAGCUCUUCUAUCUACUCUCACUUCCGAUGCUUCUAAAGAGAAUACACCAGGGUGUCGAAACAGUAAUUCAUCAUCCUCUUCAAACAAUGCAUACAAUACAAACUCUUCUCAACCAUUGGCAUCAUAUAACCUGGGCUCAUUAUCUUCAGGAUCUGGGGCCGGUGCUAUUACCAUGGCAGCAGCUCAAGCGGUGCAAGCCACAGCACAGAUGAAGGAAGGAAGAAGAACAUCCAGUCUAAAAGCCAGCUAUGAAGCAUUUAAGAACAAUGAUUUUCAGAUUGGAAGAGAAUUUUCACUAUCCAGAGAUUCAGCUGGGUAUUCGUCAUCAGCUCUGGCUUCUACAUUAACACAGACGUUAAGUUCAUCAACCACAGAUUCACGAAGUGGCAGAAAAAGCAAAAACAACAACAAAUCCUCAAGUCAGCAGUCCUCCUCAUCUUCGUCCUCUUCCUCUCUAUCAUCGUGUUCUUCUUCAUCUGCAUUAGCACAAGAACUGUCUCAGCAAACAGCAGUAAUACCAGAGUCUGAUUCUAAUAGCCAGGUUGACUGGACCUAUGAUCCAAAUGAACCGCGUUACUGCAUUUGUAAUCAGGUGUCCUAUGGUGAAAUGGUAGGCUGUGAUAACCAAGAUUGCCCUAUUGAGUGGUUCCAUUAUGGCUGUGUUGGACUGACAGAAGCACCAAAAGGGAAAUGGUACUGUCCACAGUGUACAGCUGCAAUGAAGAGAAGAGGCAGUAGACAUAAAUAAGCUUCUUCAUUUGGAAAACAAAUUACAUGCUAAAGAUUUUGUAGAGGACUUGGCGGGGGGGACCCCACCACACUUCUUGCAACCACUUAAAGAAGGGUUAACAUAGCAGUCAUAAGAUCUUGGAAUUACUGAUUUUGCUAGUUGUGUUUUAAUAUUGUAAGCAAAUUAUUUAUGCACAUUGAUGUGCUACAGAUACUAUUCCCGUGAGCCUUGGAUUGUUCCAGUGGCCAACAUAUGCAGACAUUUGUACUCUCAAACCAUUUUCUCUAAGCAAUGGGCAUUCUACAAUAAUUCAGUCUUCAAAGAAUUCUGAUAAGUGAAGAUUUUAAAUGUAUGUUUUAUAUUCAACAGAUAUAUUCUGCUGCAUGUACUGUACUCAAGAGCUGUUAUGUAACAUUAUGUAUAUAAAUGGUGCAAAAAGUCAGUGCUUCUAAAAAGAAUAUAAGACAAUGGUUUUUAAAAUGCCUUUAUAGCUUUGGUUCUUUAUGAAACUUAAUUCAGCAGGCUGAAGAAAAUGGUUCUUGUAUACAGCGGGCUGUUGUCCUCUAGAAUACUUGAGUAUGUAAAAACAACAACAACAAAUCUGUAGGAUAAAACAACUUGUGCCAUUAGUCUUUAUAUGUUUCUGCUCCAGAGAAGGUGCAGGUCAUAAGAGGAAGAGAAAAAAGGUGUUAAAGUGAUGAUAAAUUUUUAUACCAAAUGUGUUUAUUUUUUUGUGCAAGUAAUCCUUUAAAUUUGAAUUGUAUUAGGUGUUAAAAUAAAACAAAACAAACUCAACUCCU